UUUUGGCUAAUUUGACUUUCCCGCGAUGCCCAAAAAGAAGGAGAAGAAAAACGGCGACAGACAAGAUGAAGACAAGAAGAAAACGAAGAAAAAACAAAGCCAGUCGCUUCCCGUGGAAGAAAACGACAAAGAAAAAGAUUUGUAUCUCGUUCAAAUUCGAUUUUUAAGCGAACAGCUGGAGAGAUAUCAGCUGAAAUGUAAGGAAGUGACCAAUGAGAAGAAGGCCUUGACGUCCCAGUGCAGCUUUCUGGAGAAGGAGAAGGAGGACAUUGUGGACUUUCUCAAGCACUCCCUGCUGGAGAAAGAGGACGAGCUGGACGACACGUCCGAGCGUCUGCGGGCUCUGCGGCGAGAGGCCGACCAGGACAUGGAUGCUCUGCGACUGCAGCUGGCUCGGGAGCGACAGGAAGUGGUGGAGCGCAGCGACGAGCUCGCGGAACAGAACGCCAAGCUAGUGGCCAGGCUGACUGCUGUGGAGGAGUUUGAAAGGCAGAAGGAGCAGAUGAUGUCCAAGAUGGCGGCGCUGGAGAAGCAGCUGACCAAUCAGGAGGAGGCACACGCCGCUGCCCUGCACGCCGUGGAGAUGAAGGCUCUGCUGGAAAAGAGCAGGCUAGCGAGUCAGAUGGAGGUCCAGGCGGCGGACUUGGAGCGCGUGGCGGAGAGCAAACUGCCCGAGACCACCAGGAGGACCCUGCAGGAGAACCAGGAGGUCAAGGUGCGAUACGGCGUGCUCUCCGAGAGGGCCCACGACCUGGCCCAGGAGAACGCCGCCCUGCGGGACCAGAAGACCAAGAUGGCCGCAGACGUGGACGUCUUGGAGGAGACCAUCAGGGAAAUGUCUCGUCAGAGUUGUGUCCGCAAGAAGGUGGCGGAGCAGCUGACCUCAAAGUGCCAGCAGCUGCAGACGCAGCUGAAGGAGAGCAGCCAUGACUUGGAGAAACUUGGGAGCAAACAUGAGAAAGUCCGAGGCCAACUGGAGGAAGUCAGAGACAGCCAUACCAUCGCCAUCAAGCAGUCCAGCAAAAACCGUGCUUUGGCGGCGCGUCUGGAGGCGGAGCUACAGCAGGAGAGGGAGAGAAGGUCCAAAAUGCAGGAAGCCGUGGCUGCUGUCAGACAUGUUGUCAUGGAAGCACAUCAGAACCCGGAGGCGGUCCGGUGGAAUCAGCUGAUGCAGAAGCUUCUGGUCAUCCUGGAAGGCUCCGCCCCCUCGAUGAGCGACGCCAGCAAGCUCACCUUUGACAGGCGGACGGAAAGUUCCAGUUCCCACUUCCAGUUGUCACGAGCCACUUUGAAAGCCAAACAUGCACCCUCCAGAGGACAAAAACAAUGAGAACGCCGACAGAAAACUGUGUGCAGGUGGCGCCACAACACAGCAAAGUUCUGGCUAAUAAAGCAGCAACUACAGUGGCCACCCUUGUGCCCUGCCGCUGACCUUUGACCUCCGACCCCAGGGGGGGGGGACAGUUUCCACACCCACCUGACUGGCUCGGGCGUUGACGUCGCCUUUGCCGAAGAGUUCCUCCACGAUCUGCAUGUCUUUGGGCGUUUCCACGGCAGCCAGCGCGGCCAGCAUGAUGGGUGUGUAGCCCGCCUUGUUCUGCUGGUUGACGUUACACACGUCUGCAACACACACACACACACACACACACACACACACACACACACACACACACACACACACGGUCAUGAAACGCUGUCUUUGAAAGUCCACACGCUUCCUCCCGUCAAUCACUUGUCCGCCAUUGUGCCCCUGCCUCUGUCUCGUAAAGGAUCUUUGCAGGGGCCGCACACAAAAGAGCCAAAAGCCUUUGAAGCCCUGUUGGACUGAGUGUCAUGUGACCUGGAGUGUCAUGUGACCUCUAGCCGACCCACCUGCUGGUGUGAGUGUCAUGUGACCUUUUAGCCGACCCACCUGCGUCCAGCAGCUUCUUCACCACCCUGAAGUUGGAGUGAGACACGCUGUAGUGCAGCGCCGUGUUGCCGUUGCCGUCCGCCAUGUUGACCACGUGGCGCAGCACGGCCGGCGACACGGCGCCGAAGCCCGCCAGGUAGUCGUCCACCGCGCCGGCCGUCGCCGCCUUCUGGCUGGACACGCGGAACCACUCGUGCUGCACCGUGUUCACGCACGCCCUCUGUGGACACACGCGGCACAGCGCUCCUGUCAUAUAGACCAUCUUUACUGGCGUACAAAUACAUGCUUUUGCCAUUUACAGGAUCUUUGACCAGCGUCUUGGCGGUAGGUCUUUAAAAACAGAGUACUCCUGUCAA